AUGCGCAGCAGGGCUGUGGGUGGGGUAGACCUGGCCGCCGCAGGGCUCUAGGUCAUGCUGCCCCAUCCCCUUGACCUCACUGCAGGCGCCGAGUGAUGUGUCAGGUCUCUCCUGCAGAGCAGGGCCAUGAAGAUCAACCAGAACACAGUGCUGCAAGGAAAGAGGGUGACUCUGGUGCCGUACACUUCCGCACAUGUGCCCCGGUACCACGAGUGGAUGAAAUCGGAGGAGCUGCAGCGCCUGACAGCGUCUGAACCAUUGAGCCUAGAGCAGGAGUAUGAGAUGCAGCGCAGCUGGCGGGAGGACACAGAUAAGUGCACAUUCAUUGUGCUGGACACGGAGCGGUGGUCGGGGCAGGCAUGUGCGGAUGAGGACUGCAUGGUGGGGGAUGUGAAUUUGUUCCUCACCGACUUUGAGGAUCCAACUUUGGGCGAGAUUGAAAUUAUGAUUGCAGAGCCCAGCUACCGUGGCAGAGGAUUUGGCAAGGAGGCAACUCUGAUGAUGAUGUCCUAUGGAGUGACAAACCUGGGGAUCACCAAAUUUGAGGCAAAGGUUGGCCAGGAGAAUGAAGCCAGUAUCUGCAUGUUCAAGAAGCUUCAUUUCAAGGAGGUAGCUGAGAACAGUGUCUUCCAAGAGGUGACCUUGAGGCUGGAUGUGAGUGACCAAGAGAAAUGUUGGCUCCUGGAACAGACAAACCAUGUGAAAGAGAAAAGCUAUACUGAACUGAAGCUACCAGCUGUAGUGCUAGAAACCUGAUGGAUACAUCCAGAGGCAGGCCUGGUUUGCUGGGAGGAAGAGCUGCAAGGUCUGAGCAUGAAAGAUACCAAUAGGCCAGCAUUGCACUUGACUGUUUCCAUCUCUCUAGCUGGUUACUUUGUGAUCUUGUCAACUUUGCACUUUGUUGCAACAGCCAGAAACACUGCCUUAAAUUUGGACUGCAAGAACAGCCACUGAUUCACAGGCUUGACAAGGAACAGACCUUUCGAACCUCAAAAUACCUGACUGUGCCAGCAGAACCUACAAACACCAGCAGUGAAUUGAUUCCUAAUGCAGCGAGUCUCUGGACAAGCAGUACUCUGCGUUUCUACUCACCCUGUCCUUAGAGCAGAAUUCAGCAGUUCAUAGAGGGAAUCUAAAUGUUCUGGUAGCUCAGCUUGUUUUCUGUUGAAUAAAAACCUGACAAAAAUCUGA